AUGCACCAGGUCUUGGGCCUGCAUCAUGGUCGCACGGUCGUCGCCUCCAUCGGCGCCUUGGUCUUCAUCCUUUUCGUGCUUGGCUUAGCCCACUAUCAAAGCUUCGAGUUCCCCGCCUUCCCCGGGCAGAACACCAUCAACCCCUACGCGCUCUCCAAGCCCAAGCCAGGGGAGGAGGCUGGCGCCGACGGGCUCACCGCCAGUGAUAUCGUCAAGCUCCAGGCCUUCUACCUGGAGCAAAUUGUCAAGCCAUCCAUCAAGCCCACCGAUCCCGUCUACCGGCCGUCGGGCGCCUUUGAAUGGAAGCUCCCCAAGCACAUCGGCUGGCCGGAGCCUCUCGGCAAGGACCUCGUCAUCCUCGACAUGGACAGCCGCCCUCUCAACAAGACGGGCGAGAUCUUUGGCAACCAGACCCUCAGCUGGGAUAACACGACCGCCAUCCACGGACCGUCUCUCGGCAUUCUCCAGCACUGGCUCUAUGCCAAGAUCCAUGGAUACAGGUACUACUACAUCCAGACGGGCACUUUCCCUGAUCGUCGCGACUCGUGGAAGAAACCCACCAUCAUCGGAAGAGUCACGUCCAAAUACAAGACCUCUGUGUUUGCCGACUCGGACGCCAUCUUCAACCACCUGGACCUGCCCUUUGAAUGGCUGCUCAACUACUGGGACAUCAAGAACGAGACGGACGCUCUGACGCUGGCGACUGACCCGAAAGCGAAGCACAACCGUGACGAGAAGGGCAAGCUAUAUGCCAACACGGGCUUCAUCAUCACGCAAAACAUCCCCGUCACCUACGACAUAAUGAAGGACUGGUCCGAAUGCGCCGACGUCGGCGGCAAAUUCCCCAACUGCACCGACUACCGCGACAAGGCCGGCGGCCAUCCCUCUGACCAGGGCGGAUUCGGUAACUACAUCCGCUACGCGUACAACGAGAGUGUGAAGGAGCUCCCGUGCGCCGAGGCCAAUGGGUUCCCCGAAGACAGGUCCGAGUGCAAGGGCACCUUCAUCAAGCACUUGUGGACAGGCAAGAAUACUCACCUGAAGGUCGCGAUUGGCAGCAUGAUCCCUGGCCGUUUCCUCCAAAUCUUUCACGACCAGAUGUUGAGUGAGAAGGAGACCUUCUACUUGACAGAGGAUCAAAUCAUGCAGGAGAGCUGGACUGGCUGA